AGGUUAGUCACUUUUCUCAUUUUUUACUUGCUCCAUCUGUCCAUGGUUUAUGUUGGAAAACUACAUUAAUUUGUGCCUUUAGCAUCAGGGGCCUUUUUACAUUGUCUAUCUUAUGUACCAGAAGUAUUUAGUUCAUACAUGGGAAUUGCAAUCUCAUUUGAUUUGUGGAAACUUUUGAUUAAAAUUGAAUACCUCAUAGCUGACACCAAUUUUUUUAUAGCCCAGUAAAAUUUAGUUCAUCAGCCUAGGCUAGUUUCGCUGCAUGAUUUUUUUACCAGUCCCUACAGUAGAGGCAAAAGCUCGCCCCCCUAUGUUAAAAUCCUGGCUCCGUCCCUGGAGAUAGAGAUCGCAUACUGGACAGGCGUGAUGAAAUGGGUCACACAACUAAGAGGAAUGAUGAUGUUGGAAAACAAAUAAAGUGACGACACACGAUUGCAACCUUAAAAAACAACACCAUUGGCCAUAUCUUCACUCGUGGGUCGACCUCAAGAAGCUCCACCGAGCCACCUACUUGGCGGCCGCGGUAUCAUCAGCAGCCCAGCGAGCCCGCAGCUGCCCGGCGUACUCCAGCAUACUGCUCAUGGGCGGCUUCACCAUCUUGGCCGCCUCCGUCUCCAGGAACCUCUCGGUCCACGCGGCGAAGCGCGGGGUCCUGCCCUCGUCGAUGACCAUCACGCCGAACAUCUCCCUCAGCGCGUCGAGCCAGAAGAGCUGGCACCCGAGCGCGAGGUCGAAGUACCCGAUGGAGUCGCUGCCGGAGGAGAAGGCCGAGCAGGCGGAGAAGGCCUCCUCCAUGGGCGCGAGCACCGGGAGCGUAGCGGCGAGCUUUUGCGCUCUCUCCUCCUCCGUGGCCGCGCGCAGGAUGGCUAGCCACGCCGGGAACAGCUUGUCGUCGACGUAGGCGGCCCAGAAGCGAGCGCGCUCAUGAUGCAUGCAUCAUCAUGAUGCAGAGGCCGGGGGUUUUACCUUCAUUUCCAAAAAAAAAGCCUUCAAGCAAUCCGAUUCCAUAUCAUUUGGCACAUUAAUUACUGCACUCUUAGGCUAAU